CUCAGCUUAUCUUCGCUCUCAUGUUGUUUUUCCGCCCGAAGAAGUGGCGGUAGCCGUACUGCUCCUGGUUCUUUCUCCCAGGAUAUAUUAUUUUCUCUGUGGGCCUCGAUGUAGAAUCAGAUCCGUGCCGGAGCCGAGGCUUCUUAAAACGACCGUCUGCAGGUAAAUACGGAGCUGCACUUUUUAGUUGUGUCAAGCUUCUCUCUGGUGCGUUCCGCGACGGAUCGGACUUCUCGGCUAUAUGAUACUACCUGGACUCACCUUCUACGGCUGACGGCUGGACGCUCACCCACUUUUUCCCCCCCUCGGAUCGGGGAGUCUAGGAUACUGUCCCGUCCUUGUCAUCGUUUUCGGACACGACAUCUCGAUGCUUGACGCCCCUGCUUCUCAUUCGAAUUUUUUUCUCUUCCUGACUACUCACCACUACUAUGUCUGACAAUGUGUCAUUGUUUCACAAUUACCUGCACAUGAUCGCUAUGUACAUUGAGAUUGAGUAUCUAUGGAAGCAGCCCAAAACAACCCAGUGCUCGAUUGUUCUUUCUGAACAGAUAUCUCGCAUUUUUGGGAACAUAUGUGUGACAGUGCUUUCGUUCACACAUUAUCUCUGUGGACACUACAACUUGGUCCGCCAAGCGCUGCUAAUCAUCAGCCAAAUUAUUGUUUGCAUUUAUGCCGUCAUUCUGGCCGGCGUUUCUUGCUGGUCUCUCUUCGGUCAAAAAUAUGUCGACUUCAAGCCUUCGUCUGGUUGUCACAUUGGUUUGGACCGAGAUACGUACGCCCUCUUCAUAUACGAUACCAUUCUCUUUAGUUUGGACGCUCUUAAAACGUACAAAGAGCGACGGAACCGUGUUACGCCUGACAUUCUAUCUCUUAUCCUUCGAGAUGCACGCUACAGCUACUCUUGCAGCGUCAUGGGCCCUUGCUAUUUAUCUAAUAUUAUUACAUUUUAUGUUGCCCGUUCUUUCUCCGUUGGAUCUCUCUCAUCGUUUGCCAGCUGGUGUGUUUUCAUGAUUUGUCAUGCAUCAAAGCUAAUAACGGCCCAAGCAUUUCUGUGACCAGGAUGUCUCGGCUCAUGUUGAAUUCUGCAUCAGACGGCGACUGUUGGAAUAUUCUCCGCAGGCUUUCCCACAAAUGACCUAACAUUUCGAACAAUUCAGACUGCCACCGUUCGGUCCGAUGAAGACGAUAC